GUAUAUUAGCAGAAGAAAAUAAAACAGACCUUGUUCAAAGAAUAAAAAAAUUUUCACAGUAUGAUGGUUGUAGAGAAAAUGAUGAUAUAUUAGAAAAUCUAGAAACUACAAAACAAAAUAUAGUUAACAUAGACUCUAUAGUCUUCAGCUAUUAUUUAGAAGUCUCAGAUAUAUUUGAUAAGAACUUACAGACCUUGAGAGAGUUG